GGUUUGCUGGAGGUGCCUAAGCUGCUGCAGGAAACCUCUGUUUGGAAAGAUCCAGCGCUUCUGCUGCACGCACUUUAUGGCGGACAGGAGAUCGAGAUGAUGGUGAAUCAUCAGGCUUUCACAGCAGCAUCACACAUUACCUCCUGACGUCAGAGCCUGGUCGAUGAAGGCAGCAGCGGGGUAGAAGAAAGGUGAAAGGUCAAAAGUUGCAGUGCGCCUGAGACACAGCCUUCAAGACUCGCUUGGUGCUCCUCUUGUCUGCUGUUGUUGGUUAUUGCAACUUCCUGUUUCUCGUUGCUCAGUUGUGAAAAACGAAAACAUGAAUCACUCCUGCAAUGCGAAAGGAAGGCAGCUCACCUCCUCCUUCUCCCUUCUCUGACACAAGCACUAACUGUGGUUCUAUGGUUUGGCAGGUCUGGUUGACCUUUGAGCCGGAAGGAAGGAGGAGCUCAACGGACUACGCUCUGUUUGUCUGAUCUGCAGGUUAAAGGACAAGGACAGUUUACUUAAUCUGAAUGCAUAUCAGUACCAGGAAGGGAACAUCUGACCAGAUGGCAUGGCACCAGAGAGCUGUGUGAGUUCUUGGAGCUACAAGCAGGUAGCCCACUGGCUGCAGGAGGAAGGAUUCGCCGACUAUGUGGAUCUGCUCUGCAAUCGCCACCGCCUGGACGGGCCCAGUCUUCUGGCUCUGACUGAGGCCGACCUACGCGGGCCUCCUCUGAGCCUCACUGUGCUGGGGGACAUCAAGAGGCUGGCCAUAUCACUCCGCCAGCUCCAAAGACAGAACCAAGCCCAGCUGGAAGAGCUGGGUCUCCAGCAGAGUGACAGUCUCCCACUGCGGCCUAGCGCGGCUGCCGAGUGGCGAUGCGACAGAGGCGACUUCUCUGGGAAUGGCGUUGAGCUCCGACAGAGGAAUGGCGCUCGAGCCGAAUGCGGCUCCGGAGCGACGCUGUGUCACACACACUCUAACGGAAGAUGUCGGCAGCGCCAAGCCGGAAGGCUUGACCCGGAAGUGUGGAAGACCAUCUUAAGUGUCAUUUAUGUCUUUUUCGUGUUUGGCUUUACUUCCUUUGUUAUGGUCAUCGUACACGAGCGUGUACCAGACAUGAGGACGUAUCCCCCGCUUCCUGACAUUUUCUUGGACAGUGUUCCGAGAAUCCCUUGGGCUUUUGCAAUGGCUGAAACCUGUGGCCUCAUCUUGUGCUCCAUGCUAAUGUUUAUCCUGUUGCUUCAUAAACACAGGUCGAUUCUCAUUAGGCGGCUGUUUUCUCUCAUGGGUACUGUGUUUUUACUUCGCUGCUGCACCAUGUUCGUCACCUCGCUCUCCGUGCCUGGCCAUCACCUCAAGUGUGCCAGCAAGACGUACGAUGAUUCGAUGGAAAAGAUAAAGAGGGUGCUGACAAUCUGGGUCGGAUUCGGUAUGACUCUCACCGGCGUCCAAACGUGUGGAGACUACAUGUUCAGCGGACACACGGUCGUCAUUACCUUGCUCAACUUUUUUGUGACAGAAUACACUCCAAGAACAUGGAAUUUAAUUCACACCAUCUCCUGGGUGUUGAACCUCUUUGGGAUUUUCUUCAUCCUGGCAGCGCACGAACACUACUCCAUCGAUGUCUUCAUCGCCUUCUACAUCACCACGCGUCUUUUCCUUUAUUACCACACAUUGGCCAACACUCGCGCCUAUCAGCAGAGCCGGAGGGCUCGGAUUUGGUUCCCCAUGUUCUCUUUCUUUGAGUGCAAUGUGAACGGACCCGUCCCCAACCAGUACGACUGGCCCUUCAGCAAACCUGCUUUUAUGAAGACGCAAAUUGGGUAGACGGAGACGGAUGUUGUCGUACGCGUACAGACUGCAAAUAAGAUGGGGGUUUUUUUUGCACAUGAUAUAAUGGUGCCUUAGGGUUUGCAUGUACUGAACACUUUCUGGAUGGAAUGCACAAGUAUGGGUUUGCCUUAUAGUUUAUUACCACUGUGGUAUUCCGCUUUAUCCCAUUUAUCCAUUCAUGUGGGAAACGUUGUAUGGGGUUUCACACAGUUAAGUCACGCUUUAUAAAAAUGCAGUUUAUGCAACCAAAGAAGCUUCUUCCUGUUCAGUUAGAGCUUUGUUUUCUUCAUUGACGCACUAAUUUAUUUUUGUAAUGUAUUGCGAUGGAUUUUGAGAGCGAAAGCUGUACCCUACCUACUCACGUCAGCGACUCGGGAGGAAAUAAAUGUUUACUUUGUCAGGAUUAAGAAAAACAACUAUGCGAUUGUAAAUAUGCAUUUAAUGUGAUUGUUUGAAAUUAGUUUUUAUUUGCAAUGCAAGUGAUAAUCUGAAGGCCUUUUGGCUGAGCUAUCCAAUGUUUACAACAGCAGCGAAUUUUUAUAUUUUAUACUAACUGCUUUUUUAGUAAUUGCCGUUUUUGCUUUGUUAUAUAAAGUUGAUUUUAAAUCAUUUUUGGAUUAAUUAAAAAUGUAUACAAAUAAUUUUAUGUGUGAAAGAUUUCUAAAAAGCGUUGACCAGCUUCGGCUGGCAUCUGCUGAUGAAAGUUUGUUGAGCUUUCUCUUUAUUCUUGAGCAGUUAGCGUCAAGGUAUAGCUUUUCUCUCUAGAGGAGAAAGCAAGCAAAUAAAAAAAUAUUGCUUUCAAAAGACCAAUUACAGAGA